AUGUUCAGCAGACCUCCGGUAUCCUCAGCAGCCAAACAAGCGGUCAAGGCUGCGUUUGAGCAGCUUGAGAAAGCCAUCCUCCCCGAAGACGCAUGUGACUUUACCACCAAAAAACUUGAUGACGUCAGGAAGGCUGCCCUAGCUCUCGAGAACCAGCUGGCUGCUCCUCUAGGCGCCGAAAGAGAUUUUCAGGAGACCCUAGCAGUAUUCUACGUCAACAUACUUCAGUACCAUGAGCAAGCAUAUACCUUUGUGCGUCGGAAAGGUUGGAAAGUUUUGUUCUUGACAUCCUGGGGUCGCUUUGAAAGACGCUUCGACAACAUUUUGGACGACAUGAAACGCCAUGAAAAACUCGUGGAUCUCCAAGCAAGUGUCCAUGGCAUCUCAGACGUCCGCCAAUUACGCGACGACAUCAAGUCGUGGCGAGAAGAAAGCCGAGCACAAAUACACAAAUGGCACGAAAAACAAGCUAUCAAACAGUAUGACUCCAUAGUCUCUUGGUUAAAAUCCGAAGAGUCAGACCAGUUGGCCAUCUUUGAUGCAAUUUCUUCUGAAGGAGCCAAGUUCGCCGGUACUUGUUCUUGGGUCCUUUCUAAUUCACGGAUCAAAGCCUGGCUCGGGAGAGCCACUGAUCCGUCAGUCCUUUGGUUGCAGGGAACACCUGGAUCGGGCAAGAGCGUUUUAAUACUACGAUCAAUCAUCCUGCAAUUACUUCCUGAUGGAAUGUUCUUAUACGCCCGCCUUGUGCUUGACUAUCUAAGCAAGAACAUCUUCUAUACUGGAAGUGAAAUGAGACGGUCUAUCGAUGAGCUUCCUGAAAAGCUUUCCGAGUUAUACUCGUUCAGCUGGAUGAGAGAUUAUCAUGAGAAAGCCUCGCGUGUCGUCAAAGGAAUCCACGGAUUUCACGUAUAUGCCACUGAAUUCUGGACUGAAUAUGUUCUCCAUUACUUUUCGACUCAACCGCCUAGCGAUAAUUCGAUCGUGCUGAACCUGGCAACAAAGCUUGCAGAAAGACUUGGCGAGCGACCUGAUACCGAGGAUGCUCAGAACAAUUCUUCCCCCUCUCCACCGGUGGAUGAGAGACUGAAGCAUUUGAAAGACUGGCCUCGACUAAUUAACCUUGUGGAGGCAUCCUUGCGCUCAAGGUCUCUUAAACGGCUCGAGUCCAACCUUGAAGUUGUCAGAUUCCUCCUUCAACAGGACGAGUAUCCGGGUAUAUCGGCAGCCGAUCUCUACCUCUUCAAGAGCCAAUUUCAAAGCUCAGCUUUCACAUGUAGGCUCAGCUUUUGCCCUCGUGCUACCAACGGGUUUUCGUCUGAAGAGCUACGCCGUCAGCAUGAAAUUGCCCAUACCCAACUCUCACUUUGCACUGUCCCAGAGUGUCGAUAUCCUCCCUUCACGUCUAUCAAAGCACUGAAGGCACAUAUCAACAAGUACCAUCGACCUGAAAAGAGAACUCGGCAUAUUAGGAGAAACGGGUCUGUAUCAUUGCGACAACGAUAUCUAGACGCUGGUGUAGAACCCAGUGUAGAAAGACUUGCGCAUCGCGGGAAGUCGGCUGAAUUAAGUGGUAUAAAGCACAAUUCUAGUCCUACUUCGAGAUCAACAGCAACUGCACUGAGAAGGAUUCGAGUUGAAAAUAGUUCAAACUCUACUGAGACUCCCGGGCAGACGAAAGAAGGUCGCCGCCUUUCAGUCAGUUCUCAAGCAAUGGACAUGGACGAUGACAACAAUGUUUUCAACUUGGAUGAGAUACUUCAAGUUCCAAUCGCCUCGAUUGGCUUUCGAGGCUGCACAAUUGCCAACUGCGGCUAUCCCUUUGGUGCCUGGAGUGAAGAAUAUUGUGAUGACAAUGAUACGGAUAACGUGGUGUCAUAUCACUACUGGAAUUGGCAUCAUGCCGACAGCAUGGCUCAAUGUGCAGUCACCGGGUGCCAGAUGAUAUUCAGCAGCGGUCAAGGCCUAAAGGCACAUUACAAGAAAAGACACACUGCUUUAUUCUGCACCAGCUGCGACGAGCACUAUCCUGACGGUCACUCGACGGAUGAGACCCUUACCCACUUCUUGGAGCCCUAUGUGCGACGUGUUUGGGCAUACGAGGUUGUGAAAAGGGAAGAGGUACCGAGAUACACCCAAGGAUGGACUUUUACCAUGGAAGGGUCUGAUGAAGAGGAAGAGGAGGCAUUGAACAACACGUUGUACUUUAUUGAGGAUUUAGCUUAG